AUGUUGGACGUAGAAGACGACAGCUUUCACGUCACAUGUGAAGGCUACUCCCAUCUGAGUGACUCAUAUUGGGAGGUAGUCGGCCGCAUAAGUGUGCUCGUUGGCAAGCCCGCCAUCAGUGGCAUGUUGGAGUAUCUAAGCAGAGACCAGCAACAUGCUGCUAUCAAAAAGUUUCUACAAGGAGAACUUGCUGUCGAACGACAGAAGAUAGCCUUGCUACAGCAGCAAGGCUCUCAUCGGUCGAUGGGCGGACCGACGCACAUGCGUCGAACCGAAACCUUGAAGAUCGAUAUCUCAAGGUACAAGGGAACCGAUGAAGAUUAUCUUUUGAGAUGGUUCGUCGAGUUAGACGAUGCCAUCAGAGCUCGUCACAUCGAGGGUGACGAGAUGAAAGUCACCUUCGCCCUGUCAGAUGUGACGGGACCUGCAAAGAUAUGGGCCUCAGGGCUCAAGCUUCACGACCCGAACGUGUUUGAGUCGUUAGGGAUCUUGAAGUAUCGGCUUAAAAAGACGUUUGGACCGCCGAGAGCCGAGUUCAGAGCACGCUCUGCACUCUUGAUGCUAAAGCACGGUAAGCGUGAUGUGCACGCUAAUGUAAAACACCUACGCUACCUUGCGAGUAGCAUCAUGGAAUACCCUAUUGGUGAGCACACCCUCAACACCUUUUUUAAUUAA